GUUUUUGCCACUACGUGUAAAUUUAAAACUGGUGUUUUGUUGGUGGUAAAAUCUUUUGUAGUCUUUGGUCAUUUAAACUAAUUGUCUCUCUGUUAAGUUUCUCUGCGUGGACACUGUAGGUUCUGCUAAGCAAUGGAGGCGAACAAGCGGCUUUCGGCGCUUUCAAGCCACCUUAAUCCAAGAUUUAUAUCACACGGAGAAAAAAAUCAGCGAUUUCUCUUGAACGAGUUACACAAGGUAGGGACGGUCACCGAAUUAAGAAAGGUGUCAUGUUUAUGUUUUCUUAUUAAUUAAGGGUCAGUUCUUACUCUUCUUUGAGCAAAUGUACACUAUAUUUUGCAGAUUGGUGUAACUGAUGUAGAGAUAUCUGGUCCACCAUCCUGUUAUGAAAUGGAGUACCAAACUCUCCUCACACCUGAAGCAGUCAAAUUUGUGGUAGAGCUUGUGAGACAGUUUGACAAGGAUGUAGAUCAAGUAAUAAUGUGCUUUUCUGUUAAUUCAUAAUUUGGGUGGUUUCAAAACAUAUCCAUGCCAACCCCUCAGAGAGUUACAAAAAAUUAUGAGGGAGAGGUGGAUCUCAAAAAGACUAAAGAAAGGUACGAACCAAAAUUUCCAGAGAGAGAGGGAGGGGCGGGGGGGGUUAAACCACUCAUACAUCAGGCUUCUGAUGUUAUGCAUUUCAUAGGCCAUAAUUAUCAGGGCUGUUACUGAGUUUUCAAAUUGCCAGGCAACUGAACAGCCAGGGAGUUCUAUUGGUCUCAUUCUCCUUUUGUUUGCUACGAAAAUACCUGGGGAUCAUGCUCAUUAGUAGCCCCGGGGAAAUCCCCAGCACCCGGCUCUUAGUGACAGCCUUGUAUAUCCAAGUUUCCCCAUGCCUAAAUUGGGUCUUUUUGUAGGUACUGUCACCACAAAAGAAAACAUUAUUGAACCAAAUGAUGGAGAUCUCCCGGGGGCUUAAUUGUUUGGUUGUAUUGUUUUUUUUGUUGUCGUUGUAUGUAAUCUGUGCCUCAGUACCUACAGAAGGAACCCCUCUGUUUUGAAACAAAAGCUUUCUAUAUGAAGAUGAUUUUUUAUUUUAUCUUUAUCAUUAUUUUGCCACAUACUAUAUGUUUGAUAAAAUUAUGAAAUAAAACAGAGGCAUUGGCAAGAAAAUUAGCUAUUUAUACAAUUAUCAUUUAAAACAUGGAAAAUAUCAUUUAUUAUGAUGAAAGCGAGAAGAACAAAAAUCAAAAGAGCUGAAAAUUAGGCACAAGCACAAAAGAAGUAAUGUACGCCUGACUUGAUUUCAGCCUCCUCUAUUUAGAUGUUUUAAACUCUUUUAAAGUCAAUGCUCUAACAUUGUUCAAUUCAUGUUUUGUCAAAGAUGUUAAGACAUCGCACUAUGAGAAAACUCCAUCUCAAAAGCUCUGGUGAGCUUCCAUUCUUCCAGCUACCAAGUUCUGAUGUCCAGGAUAAACACUGGCAAGUUUCAGUUGUUCCAGAGAGACUUCAAUGCAGAGCAGUGGAUCUUGGAGACAUUUCACCUGCCAACACUGAACUGUUUUUAAAGGCAUUAAAUUCACCUGCAUGUGGUAUACAGGUAACAAAAACUACGGUACUCAAUAACAAACAAGGACCAUUAAAAUUCACACCACCCCCUCCACCCAAAGUGAUUUUAGGGCUGGCAUGCUUACAUGAGGGACAAGUGGUGAAACUUUCAUAUGACUUGCAAGAGAUGCAAACUAAGCUUUUUUUACACAAUCCUCAGCUUUGGCUUAAAUGUACUAGAAGUAUUAAUGAGGGGUUACAAACAAGUUGUCUAAUUAGCUAUUUAAUAAUAAUGAUGAUGAUGACGAUGAUGAUAAUAAUUAUAAUAAUAAUUCAUUGUUAUAAUAAUAAACAAAAAGAAGUGGGUUUUCAAAGAGCUAUGAAGCAGAGGUUUUCAAGAGCUUCAGGUCUUUAGUCUAUGACAUAAGCUUCUUUAAGGGUACAUAAAGAGGCGUACUGGUAUUACAUCCCUUCAAACUUCAAGACUGAUAGAGGUCAAAAGGAGGUAAAAAAAAUACCCUUUGCUUUACAGACUGAUCUUGAUGAUGGCCAUUGUCCUUCCUGGUCCAACCAGCUAAAAGGUCUCUAUAACAUCUAUCAGUUUGUCCAUGGAAAAAUGAGAGGUUAGUCAUGGUUCAGGUUUGGUUACCUUAGGUUUGACUUUAUUUAAUAGGUGCAGUGCUCUGUCCAUCCAAAGAAGUGAAAAAACAUUCAGUACAGCAAUGUUGACAAAGAUGUUAAUAUGUGCUCUUGUAGGGGCUCCAGCAAUGACAAAUGCACCAGUGAUUAUGUUUCGCCCUAGAGCUUGGAACAUGCUAGAAAGCAAUGUUAUGGUAAGGAUGUAUAAACCUAUGUAUGUUUUUGAUGCAAGAAUUUUUCAUUGCUGGCUAUUUAUAAAUAUUGAUCGUAAUUUUGCACAAUUAGACCUAAGACUUUCAGUAACUGAUUGACAAUUUUUAUCAUCUUUUUCCACAGGUUGGUGGCAGGGUUAUUCCUGGUCCAUUAUUUGAUUUUGGUCUUCAUAUGUUUCACAACAGCAAACUCAUGAUGAAAGAGGGAAAUGGACCUUUCUUCUAUCUACCAAAGGUAAUGUGGGGCUAUAAACAUUACACUGUAGCUUUUCUUUUAAGCGAACAAAAAUAAUUUGGAACGUCAACAUUUUAUUAAGGAACCAUUUGAGAAUGUGCAGGUCAUUCAGACGUUAUAUACUGAACAAUGUAUAUUAAAAUUUCUGGCCAACUUAGGUUACUAUGAUUGAAUUUUGUGAGUGGAGUUCUAUUCGACCUUCUCAUUUUCCACACAAGUGACAAAAUUUGUCUAAAGCUGUCUUAUAACUUACAUGAACUGCCACUUACAAGCCCCCUCCCACUUAUAAGCCCCCCUCUUACAAGCCCUUCCACUUAUGAGUCCCCUCUUACAAGUCCCCCUUAAGACCCCCUCUUAUAAGCCCCCACUUAUAAGCCCCCUCUUACAAGGGCCCCCCCCACUUAUAAGCCCCCUUUACAAGCCCUGCCCCCCCUUAUAAGCCCCCUCUUACAAGUGCCCCCUUUUAUAAGCCCCCUUCUUUCAAGCCCUGCCCCCACUUAUAAGACCCCUGUUUACAAGUCCCCCCUCCACAUAUAAGUCCCUGCUCUUACAAGCCCUCCCAGUCGUAGGCCCAUCUACCUGUAAACAAAAACGAUCAUCCUAUUAGAACCCCCAAGAUAAAAGCCCCCCUCAUAUAUGUAUUGAAAUAAAUUUCAGGGUUGUCACUAAGAUUUCAAGUUGCCAGGUAAAUACAACAAGUAGGCGGGGAAUCAAACAGCUAGGAAUUUCUUUCGGUUCUAUUUUUCUUUCAUUUUCCUUUGAAAGUAACUGGGGAAGACGCACAUAGUAGCCGGGGGAAAUCCCCGGCCCCCGCCUCUUAAUGACAGCCCUGAAAUUUGAUUAGUAAACAUAAAACGUAUUUUGAUCAGCACUACAGUUGUAACUUGUUUAGAACUGCUUUUCCUAUUCCAGUCAUAAACCCUCCUUAAACCUCUUACGAAGUUGUAUGUGAUAAGGAGCAGUUUACAGUACAGCAUUUUCCUCAACAGUCAAUUAAUUAAUCACCGAUUUAACACCUUCUAUCCAGUUUAUUUGCUGGACGGAUCAUCGGAACUUUUGUAGGACGUAUAAUAACGUCAAUUUGCUCUCAUGGUUUCUCUAUUGUGUUGCUGUUUUUAGCUUGAAGGAUCUAAUGAGGUGAAGCUGUGGAAUGAUAUAUUCGUCUGGGCCCAGCAAAGGGUAACAAAAAUGUUUUGCUUUAAUUAUCUUUGUUCUUUUAUUUUUGCAAGAAUUUGAAACUUAAUAAAAUUUGCUUGUCACUUACUUUUCAGCUUAGUUUGCCGUUGGGUACUAUCAAGGCUUGUGUUCUUAUAGAAAGUAUCUUUUGUUCAUUUGAGCUUGAUCAAAUCCUGUAUGAACUGCGGCAACAUUCUGCAGGUCUCAACUGUGGCAUGUGGGAUUACUCAGCAUCUUUAGUCAGUAACUUUGGUAUGUACAAUUAGACACGAAAGACAGCUUUUCUUUGAUUAUCCAGUACAUAAGAAAACUACAGUAUUACUAGAUGUGGAAAUGUGAAACACAGAAAAUGUAUCAGCACCUACUUUUUGAUGUAGUGGUGAAUUAUUUUUUCAACUAGAACUUCCAGUCCUGUUUUUCAUAUUAUUAUUUGUCAAGUGAUCCCAACUUUCUUGCCUGUACCGCUUGUGACGUCAUCAGUUUAAACGGUCAAGGACGACUUCAGCAAAAAUGUAAAAGUCAAGACUGCUAUGCCACCUUUAAACCUGUAGUAACCAAUCCCCCGCCUAGUCCCAGUCCGCGUGUUUACGUAUAAGUAAUUCGACUUUCGCGCGGGUUAUGCAAAUCGUAAAGUAUCUUGCUCGAGUUCGCUAGCUGUUACAACUACGUUACGUUCUUUAUCUUACUUCGUUCGCCGUAUUCCCAAAUCGUCAGGUAAUGUCCUCAGGGGCACCCAACGAGAGUAUAGUUCAAAACCACAUAAACAUAGCAUUGUUGAACGUACUUUAGUAAUUAAACGGUAGAUAAAGGCUUAUUUUUAUCCCCUAAAAAUUUUUCAUCUUUUCGGAUUUCCUAGCUGAAAGUAUAGUGAUCCGAAAAUUAUAGGGAUCAAAAUUUACCUUUUCGAAAAUUUCAGCCAGAAAAAAGGCUCCCGAAAAUUCUAGGUGACCUUUUUAGGGUAAAAAUCCGUUAAAAAUGGGCAAUUAUACGAUUUUUUUGAAGUUCGAAAAUCCUAGGAGAGGCAGGCAAGCAAGAAAUUUGUACGAAAAUGAUCCGAAAAUUCUAGACCUCAAAUCGUCUUCCGAACAGAUAAUUUUCCGAAAAUUGUCGUUGGGUGCCCCUGUGUCCUCUGUCUUCGUUUAUCUCGUAUUUCCUAUGUUAUCUGUAUUUCCUACGUUACUUCCAUUGUUGUAAUUAGUCGUUCCGCUCUUAAUGUAUUAUGUUUGUUACUUUAUCCUAGAAACCACUGGCAACAUCAUGUAAAUAAGGUUAAGAGUUCGAGUUGUUCCAGUUGAAUUAAAACUCUUUUACGACUUCUAUUAUUGCUGGUGCGUUGGUUACAAAACCCAAAAAUAGCGAUUAGGUUAAUUCUUUGAUAGUGUACUCUUGUUUCCACUAUUUUGAUUGGAACAUUUUGUAGAGUGUCCUUGGUUGCUUCUUGAAUAGACAUGAAGUAAUCAUGAGUUGGCUUAAUUGAAUUUCUUUUAUAGGAGAACGACCAGAUUUCAUCUUGCCUGAUCGUAAAAAGUAUGUCUCCAUGGACAAGAAAUACCUGAAGAGUUACAUGGACUUGGUAAUAAAGGUAUGGUAGUCAUUAUUAAGUUAGCCUGCAAGCUGGUUCUCCAAUUAUGGCGAGCGAACGCGCGAGUAAGCGGCGAUUCCUCAAGGCGAGCGUGCGGCUCUCGCGUGACUUCCCGCAACUCUCCGCAAUGAAGAGCUUGUUUACAGGCUAUUAUCAAGGGUAAUCGGCCAGGCUAGUCUACAAAAAAAACCUGUUUAGAGUUAUCAUACAGUGACUGCUGCUUUAAAAACCAUACUCUAGUGACUGAAAGAAAGAACUGAAGCCCUUCGUCAAUUGUAACAGACCUUAUACUUAUUCUCUUUCAUGUGUUUUUUUCCUUUUUCAACAGACUUGUCACGCACGUGGCUGUCACGCUACUGGUGGAAUGGCACCAGUUGUGUUACCACGUGAUAAUCCACAACGCCGCCAACAAAUCACUGAAAAUGUUUGUAGGUAAGUGAGGAUGAAGAAACAAUGUGUACAGGGUGAACCAUCCUCGGAGACCCAGGGGCGGUCAGUCGGGCCGGGAGAAAAGGCAUUUUAACCCGGCCCGACUGACUGCCCCUGGGUCUCAGAGGAUGGUUGAGUCCAUCCCUGUUGUUUUAUUUUCAGAUCAAUCAACGUGGUUUUUCCUGUCCUCUUUUUAGAAAUGUGUGUUUAUACCAGACUUCUAACAGUCCCUUAGGCUCUUAGGAUUGUGGCACGUGCGAGCAUCUUACAAGCCAAAGAGCAAGGCCAGCGCAAGAGGGGGAAGUCUUCUACCUCACGCGUUUGCCUCGCUCGCUCGCACGUAAACAUGUUUGACCACGCGACAGGAGUAGUCUGUUGUUAUACUUGCCGUCUAAAUUUUUGCUAUUAGAAGCCAUUUUCUUUCUUGACUUCUUUUGAUCAUCAUCGUCGUCGUCUUUGCAAUUGUCAUCAUCAUCAUAGCGGAUGAGCCAACACGAUCCACGUCGAAAUGAUUGCAUCGUGUUUUGCAAAUACUUUUCUAAUUUUCCCAAAUUUCCUAUGUGACACCCCAUGAAAAAGCUUUGUUGAACCUUGUUGUCUGCUGUUAGAGCCAAGAUGAAGGAAAUCGAGGCGGGAGCCGACGGAUUUCUGGUCUUUGAUCCUGAUCUUGUUCAGCCUUUGUUAGAGGUUGGUGAAGCUAACACAAUUUAAAUUUUCUCAUCGUUUAUAUGGCUAUCAGGCUUCGUCGAAACGUACCGAGACAUUUUGAAUUCAAAAACGUUUUUUGCGGAUUGGCUUUCCAUCCAAACGUGUCCGAUACAAUCGGUUACCCGAAUGUGUAACGUUUUGAAAACUUUCAUUCUCUAGUUUUAAAAAUGCUGCAUUGUUGUCGGCGUAUGGACCGGUAAGAACGGAAUGAUGACGUCACAGGAUUUGAUCUUGUGCCGGGUAAAAAUUUACUGUAAUCUGUGUAAUCUUUAGCCUGCGAACGGCAGACGUUUCUCCUCGCUCAUCGCCGCUGACGGACGUUUCGCGAAACGUCCGUCAGCGGCGAUGAGUGAGGAGCAACGUCUGCCGUUCGCAGGCUAGAAGAGAGCGAGAAUUUUAGAAUAAUUCAAGGCCAGUCAUUUUUUAUGAUAAAAAUAUCUUCCCUUUACAAACAGAAACGGAUUCAAAUAUGGAUACGUGUGGUCGCGAAUUAUUUUGAAUCCCCAACAAAAUGUUCGUGGAUUCAAUAAAAUCAUCAGUCAAGCGUGUUCGUCUGAAACAUUAGGCACCCAGUGAGUGCGUGCGACUACUGUCACUGCCACUCAAGGAGAAGAGAAGAACAGUAAAAAACGGCACUGUCUUCCAACCAUUUACCCAAGGAGACCCAGGGACCUUGCAACGCUCUCUGUUUAAACUUACACUGGCUAGUAAUUGUACUGUCAAAUCCAUUAAUUUUCAGAUGUGGAGGUCACGUGUUUAUGCAAAGAACCAACUUCAUGUAAGCCGGGCUGAUGUUUGUGUCUCGAGGAACGACCUUCUAAAGCUUCCACAGGCGAGUACUGUAAUAUGAUUAUUGCAAUUAAUUUAAUAAAUAAUGCGGCGCAAGAAGUUACAACAGUUGUUUUCGCACAGGGGGUUAACCAGAAAAAUGAGGCGAGCACAAUUUGUUGUUUUGAGUGUUCAGUCCCUUAAACAAUCAGAAAAUUGUUUAGUUACUAUUUAAAAGCUCUUGGGAAAUUUCAUUGUCGUUAAUUUCCCGUAUGGACUAAAACGCUCAUGCCAGUGAAUAUCGGAAAAAUAUUUCUCAGCGUAAAUGAAUGCAUGAAUUUGUAAAUGAGUGUAUGGAAGUAGUGAAUGAAUAAUAGUGAGCAGCUUUAGCAGGACGUACGGCGACACCAACGAGAACGGGAAAAAAGCAACAGGUUUUAUGAGCAAAACGGCAACUUAAAACACUUGCAUGACGCUCUUUUGGUACAUUUCUUUACCGUCACUUCACGACUGCGAGGUGGAAUUCCCUCAAGCGACGUUUUAUUGAGGACGUUAACACAAGACUCCCUCUUAACUUUGUGGCGGUCUCCAAGAAUUCAAUUCUAGGGAAAUUCACCUACUUUUGAGAUUUUGCGCCAGUCGGAAAAAUCGCGACUAAGUUUGAAAAAAAGCGAAGUCUAUUAAAUAGUGACGUUUGCGCUCCCGUCGCCGUUGCUAAAGUUCCCCAAGAUUUAAGCAAGUCAAAACUUCGUUGUAAUGGCGGUAUAUUCUAUAAACAGGGCGGAUUUACUUUACAAGGAUUACAGAAUAACAUCGUUGUUGGAAUUCUGUUCAUAGAUGCUUGGUUUAGAGGUAAGGAAGUUUACAGUAGCAGGGGGUUCAUUAAGGGCCGGGCACCUGGCAAAUUGACUGGCUGUGAACACGAGUUUGCCCAGCUGCUUUACAUCUCAAAGAACUUCUUUUUAAUACAAGGAACGAUCAAAAACAGUUUUAAGUUACAAUCGUGAGUCUUAUCGAGUGUAAAACAUACUUUGCCGUGCAAUUUCCACUUUUUUACACGCGGCAUGAAAUCCCCUCGUUCGUUAUGUGUUAAAAAGAAGAAUCGCCCGAUAACACAUUGUGAAAAGAACUGUGCUUCAUAAGCGACCACCUGAAAUGUAUCAGUGUUGCGAGCACGUGAGCAUGGCAGCCCAGAAAAGAACGUGUUCGAUAGCAGAUUAUUUUUCGGCUUCAACCAAAGGGCCUCCAGUAGAGAAAAGGCCAAGAGGUGAGUAGACUUCUUUGUGAUUUAACCUUUUACUUGCCUGUAUAUAUUGAAUGGCUCAAUUAUCAUGUUCAACGAAGCGAAGCGUCAUUUGUUUUCGUUUUAUGGUUUACGCCAAUGAAUUAAUUUUCGGUGCUUUCACGUUAAAACAGUGCUCCUCCCAUCUAGUCAUUGAAAUUUUAAAGAUAAGUUGUUAAACUAAUACUUUUGUGAUUCAAAUCAUGAUUAAAUUGUCUAGAAAAGUUAUCUUUUUUUGGUUAUUGAAAGUCAUUGUCUGCAGCUUCAAAAUGCAGGAAAACACAUCUCUGCGACUAUAGAAUUUCAAAAUUUUCCGGGGUAGCAUGCCCCCAGACCCCCCUUGGGAGCAAGGCCCUCCGGGCCUUGCCAAUUCUUUGCCCAGGUGUCAAACUCAGUUGCCCUCCUGUUCAAAACCUUAAUGAACCCCCUGCAGUAGUACUUCUGUAAAAUGACUAAAUUUCGGUCAGUUUCCGGCGCUCUUCGGCAGGCGAAGAGCUGAGCUUUGUUACUUACAGUACUACAAAGUAUGAACUUUGUAAUUAUUUGUUCCUGGUAAAAGACAUUUCUUGAUUGCUUUGCCGUUGGUUGGAAAAUUCGCGUCAUUUUCUCAAUCAGUUACAAGAUCAUUUAAAACCCCAUUACAAUAAUGACUUCUCUUUUUUGCUCCAAGAUCUGUUUUGUUCUUGUGAUUAUAAACCUUCCGACUGCAGACUUGGAAACUGGAAGAUAUACAACGAAAACUGUUGUCUAAUCCUCAGAAAACUUUCUCUAUCCCUAGACGGAAAGUCUUUUUAAAGUUUUAAUGCAUUUCACACUUGUUUGCCCCUUGUAACUCAGUGCCCGUCUUCAGUAUGUAUUUAUCGCACAGCUAUCGAUCGCCUUGAACAACAUAACGUCACUACAAUAGCUUUCAUUUGAAUGGUUACGCCGUUUCGUGAUCCCCCGGCUCAAAGGUGAAAGCCCCCUUGUACUGUAAUGGAAGUUACAUGUAAUUUGUUGUGUAACGUGAAUUACAGGUGAAGGUGUGUUUGUACUGAACGGAGCCAUCGAGGACUCAGCUACUGCCGAGAUUUCUAGAUCACAGGUGAGAGAAACAAGCGCAUUAUUAAUAUUUCUGUGAUAAGUCUGUCCUGUUCUGGUGAGUUCCCGUUUAAUAGGCCAUUGUCGAAUUCCAAAACCCCUCACUUUCAUUUGUUACUUUCAAAACGGGGCUAAGCACAAAACUUUUCUUGUGAUUGGUGUCAUUUGCAUGAGAAUAGAAAUCAUUUUAUACCAACAGCUUUGCACUUAGUCUCGCCUUGAAACAGAGGCUUGCAACAACUUGGAAAUGUCCUACAAUAAUCCCCUUUACUGAAUCUCAGUGUUACUGACAAUUCUCACUGUGUUAUAUUUCUCGUAGUUUUUUGUCUUAAUUUGUUACAUGGUACGUGUUAUAAAAUUAUAAAACCAGGCUAGCAUGCUGAAACUGCUGGAAUAUCGGGUUGUUAAUUAGAAUAGAAGAUGAGGUAACCAAAGUGUAAGGCGAGUUGAGACACUGGCGAAUUGACUGGUCAGCGAAACACGACGACCCCAAAUUUAUAAACCCAUUGCUUUUGUUCCGAUACCUGACAUUUUUAUAAUAAUUAUUGUUAAUUCAGCCCCACAUCUCCAACCAAGUAAAAACAUGCGAGUCAUGAAGUCUAUCAUUUUAAAUUGCUUUUCUUUGCUUACAGAUUUGGCAGGCAGUUCGCCAUCGGUGUACGCUGGAAGGAGAUGGCCGUACAGUGACCAAAGAACUUGUUUGCCAAGAAAUAAAGCGCAUUACUGCCGAGCUUGUUCGACAAAAGGCGCAAAGUUCUGCUGAUGUAGAGAGGCUGUCGACGUCUGCGCGGAUAUUGGAAGAACUUGUUUUAAAAUGGGACUUCCCACAAUUUAUUACCAGUUAUCUUUAUGAACAUUAUAAGUUUAGAAAUGCAGUUCUUUAA